UAUUUUUUACGGUCGAUAGAUAUAAUAAUGUUGGAAGAAGAAUCGCUCCAUUUUCGAAUUUCAUACACUUUCUCCCCGAUCCGAUCGAUGGCCCAGAAUGUUCGGAAGGGCUUUAUCGCCGUCCUGGCGACGAUCAUCUUCUUGGCUUCUUUCUACCACUCUCUGUUAGCUCCCAAACCGCCGUUCUCUGCCGCCGACCUCCGCGCGCCUCCCAUUCCUCGCUUUCCCCGCACUGACGCAAAUUCCGUCAUUCAAGAACAGGAACAACCAAAACAUGAACCAGUUUCUCGCCAGAUUAUCAGCCGCCACGUCACCUCCGUGAUCGACUCCAUCAACACCGUCUCGAUUCUGCUUCCCGCUUGGGAGGUCCUCGUCAUUAUCUCGCCGAAGAACCGAUUUCUUUCGGACUCCGUCCCCACCGGCUUCACAUGCCUCUUCCCUAGUAACGCUUCGUCUCCUGGGAAAUUCGCCGGUUUUCUGAGUUCUCCUCGCCGUUCCGCUUUCAAGUGCGACUUUCCGGGUAGGCUCCGCCGUCGAUUGCCCUUCCCGCAGCCUGUUCUGUCCAGAUCGCCGGACUAUCCGCCGGAAAUACCGUUUCCGGCGCCGGAGUUGAUCCGGUGGAACUACCUAGUCUACGAGUCGUUUUCCACUGAAACCGACGUCGUCUUGUUCGUGAAGGGCAUCAACCAUCGGCAAGGCGUCAACAGAGCGCCGAGCGAGUUCAGGUGCGUUUUUGGUGACGACGACGGCAUUAACGCCGUCAAAACGGCCGUCACGACGUCGCUGCAAGAGGUUUUCCGCUGUCCAAACCCGCCGUUAGUGACAUCCGCCUUCCUAUCCAACGGUCGAAUCAAAAUCUCCCUCGAGAUUUUGCAACAGAAGCGAAUAGUGCCCUCCGUAGCGUACUACACCUCCUCGCGCAAGAUAGCCCUACAGCAGACAAAGUCAUUAAUAUGCGCGUGCACCAUGGUGUACAACGUCGCCAAAUUCUUGAAAGAGUGGGUGGUCUACUACUCCGCCAUUGGAGUCGAAAAAUUCAUACUGUACAACAACGGAAGUGACGAUCAGCUGGACCGAAUCGUUGAAGAGCUCGUUUCAGAAGGUUAUAAUGUAAGCACUCUCUUCUGGCUGUGGCCGAAGACCCAAGAAGCCGGGUUCUCUCACUGCGCCAUUUCCGCCAAGGACUCUUGCGAAUGGAUGAUAUACAUGGACGUUGACGAGUUCGUCUACUCUCCGUCAUGGCUCAAUUCAUCAACGCCAUCAACCCAGAUGUUGAAUGAUCUCUUGCCCGAAUCUUCGUUAUUCGGACAAAUCCUGAUCAGUUGCUACGAGUUCGGGCCGUCUAACCAGAACUCCCAUCCAGAGCUCGGCGUGACACAAGGAUAUAAUUGCCGACGCCGCAGCGAAAACAGGCACAAAUCAAUCGUGUUAUUGGAGGCAAUCGAUGAGUCGUUGCUUAACACGGUGCACCAUUUCCAGUUGAAGCAAGGAUACAUAGGCAAGAGACUGGGCGUGAAAGAGGCGGUGGUGAAUCACUACAAGUUCCAGGCAUGGUCGGAGUUCAAAACCAAGUUCCGGCGUCGGGUGUCGGCUUACGUGGUGGAUUGGACGGUGGAACUGAACCUUGCUUCGAAGGACAGGACGCCGGGACUGGGGUCUGCGCCGGUGGAGCCCCCAGCGUGGGCGGAGAUGUUCUGCGAAGUGUACGAUGAGCAGUUGAAGGAGUUGACGAGGAGGUGGUUCGGCUCCGAAUCACCAUCUGGCUACGGAAUGGCCUGGCAAAGAUGACAAUUACACCCGGCCCGGGCGACGGAUCGAAUUGCUGUUGCCAGGGAAAAGAUGGGGUUGGGGUUAUAGAGAGGAAAUUAAAGAAGAUAUAUAUAUAUAUACUGAUGAUCAGCCAGCGGCGAGCCAGAGAGGAAUUAAUUUGCCUCUUUUUCUUUUCUGCAUGAACAAACGUACGUAUACAAUUUUUCUGUUUCUGUUUCUGUUUCUGUUUCUGUUACAUAUAUAUAUAUAGGAUUAUUAUUAGGAGAGAAACCAAAAAUGAAUUUCAUGACGAAGGUAU